ACCAUCAAUAAAGCUGAGGUGGAUGACCAGGCAGUUUACCACUUCAGAAUAGAGAAAGGCCGCCGAUUAAGAUACAGCUACUUGGCGGAAGAAGAAAAAGUAUCUGUGAUCGUGACAGAAAAAAUACCAGAUAUAACCUUUUCGGGAUUGCUUAGGGCAGGACACGAAGCGAGCAUCACUUGUACAGCUCAAUGGUCCCCUUCCUCUAGACAACCCAUAAUCACCUGGACAGGCUUUUCCGAGAGAUCCAGAGGAGAAAUCACUCAGCAUGUGAGCCGCAAUGGGGUGGAGAGUCAUGUAGACUUCACACCGACAGCAUCAGACCAUCUCCAAAACAUCACCUGCAAAGCCACCUAUUUCAGAGGGGACAGCCGUGUAACAGUCGAGAGGACAGUCACGCUCAUCGUCUUCUAUCCACCCAAGAAAAUAGAGUUCAGCGGGCAACUUGAACGCUCCAACGGAGAGGUGCGGUACUUCACAAACAUCUCCCAAAUAGUUGCACGGGAAGGCGACUCUCUUGUGGUUCACUGUGAUGCUGACGGCAACCCCAAGAGCACUGCUGUCUGGAAGCUGAGAUUCCCGGCAACUCGUCUCUUCAUAUAUAAUAAUAAACUGACACUUUCAAAAAUAGCAUUGGAGGAUGCAGCUCCAUACAUCUGUACAGCCAGGAACAUAGAAGGUCACACUAAGGAAAGCUUCCACCUCCAAAUAUCAUAAACUUUGGGGGAAGAUCACUACCAUCCAACGGCAGGGCCCUAAAGCCUGGAAAAGGCCCAGUGCACCAACAGCACAACCAUUCUCCCUUUUCAUGGAGCACCCACGGAUAUCCAAGGCCAUGUUUUCAUGCACUAUCUCUUCCAAGUUAAAUCUCUUGCCCUUCCCCUAUACCUAUCUUAAACUGCCUAAUAUGGACUGUAAACCCUCUAGGGCAAGGACUUCAGGGUCAGUAAGACCCUUCACUUUCUCUGGUGGUUCACUCACACACACUCUGUGGCAGCAACAGGGUGCUUCUUGGCGGAUGCAUUGCUGGGCAUGCAAAGUGGAAUAAACACACAGAAUGCAAGAUCUUUGGAGACCAUACCAGUUCCAGGGUCACCUAGGAUUGCUAACUUUGAGUAGAGAAAUUCCUAGAAAUUUGGGAGUGGUGCCUAGGCAGGGGAGAGUUUGGGAAGAGGAGGGACCUCAGAUAGGUCUAAUGCCAUAGAGCCCACCCUCCAAAGCAGCCAUUUUCUCCAUUGGAACUUACUGCCGUCAUCUGAUUAGUUGUAAUGCUAAGAAAUCUGGAGAUCGGCAACUCUUGAGUCAACACAUACUGCAGUGGUUCAGUAAAGCCUCAAUGGCAGCUACAUCACUAGGUCUGGUAGAAAUGACCCACUGUAGACUAAGCUGAACCCUUCGCACCAAGAGCAUGGCCCUGACUCAUUCAUUCAGAAGGCCAAAGAUGCAACAUCCUCUCCUUUGCUAUUUUAUUCUAGCUCCGUUAUCUCUCGUGUUCCUUUUUGUGAUGUUUCCCUGAAAGGCUUCAUUAAUAGCAGAACUAGACAACAGCAUUUGCCAUUUAAAGAAAUAUAACCCUUC